UUGCGUUACUUCCUCACGCAGUGCCUAAACUGAAAUAAAGAUGAAAACUAACGCAGGCGAAUUAAGGUAUUGGUCUAUAAAUUGACUAGUAUCAUAGGAAAUAUAAUAACCAUAUCAGUCGGUGUCUUCCAGAAAAUGAGUUCUUCAAUGUCAUCAUGUGAACCAAAAAUGGAGAAGAAAAUAGCCAUUGUAGGUGCUGGAAUCAGUGGUCUUCUUGCAUGCAAACAUACAAUGGAAAAGGGUUUUAAUCCAGUAGUUUUCGAGGCUCGAAAUGGAAUUGGAGGAGUGUGGUCCAGCACCAUCGAUUCAACUAAACUGCAAACUCCUAAGAAUUACUAUCAGUUCUCAGAUCUUUCAUGGCCACUUUCAGUCAAAGAAACUUUCCCUGAUCAAAGCCAAGUGAUGGAUUACAUCAAAUCCUAUGCUCUUCGUUUUGGUAUUUUUACGCAAAUCGAGUUCAACUCUAAGGUUGUAAGCAUUAAAAACUUGUCAACAAAUGAAGAUGAGGUGUGUUCCUGGGAGCUAUGGAGUGGAACUGGUAAAGCCUUUUCGCCAAAAGGGAAAUGGAACGUUGUUGUACAGGAUGUGCUGCAUCCUCUUGAAGCACCUAAGGUUUAUCAAGUUGAUUUUGUGAUCUUGUGCAUUGGAAAAUUCAGUGAUCUGCCGAAGAUCCCACAUUUCGAACAAAGAAAAGGGCCAGAGGUGUUUAGGGGAAAAGUCAUACACUCCAUGGAUUAUGCUGCAAUGAACAAAAUUGAGGCAGUUGAAUUCAUCAAAGACAAGAGAGUCACAGUUGUUGGUUUCCAAAAAUCAGCACUGGAUAUUGCAGCACAAGUUUCUAAAACAAAUGGAGUAAGGCAUCCGUGCACAUUACUUUUCAGGAGAGUGCAGUGGUCAGGUUCUGAGAACUUGGUUCGACUUACCUUCCGAAAUCUGAAUCGUUUCUCAGAGCUUAUGAUCCAUAAGCCGCAAGAAGGGCUCGUUCUCUGGUUGUUGGCUUUUUUGCUUUCACCUUUGCGUUGGAUAUUCACAAAGUUGAUCGAGUGCUAUCUUAGAUGGAUCUAUCCAUUGAAGAAGUACAAUAUGAUCCCGGACCAUACCUUCCUAAAACAAAUAUACUCGUGCAUGUUUACAGUCUUGCCAGAUUGCUUCUACGAAAGAGUCGAAGAUGGCAGUCUAAUCUUAAAGAGAUCACGUAAAUUCUGCUUCUGUACAACCGGUCUGAUUAUAGAUGACGAGGUAGACCCUCUAGAGACCGAUAUUGUCAUUUUUGCAACCGGAUACAAGAGCGAUGAAAAGAUCUCAAAUAUUUUUGCAUUGAAUUACUUCAAGGCAACAGGAGGAUUAGGGGAAUGCAUCCAUCCAAGAAUUCCACAUCUGGCUAUAAUUGGAUAUUCAGAGAGUCCUGCUACAUUGUUUACGACUGAACUAAGAAGCAAAUGGCUUGCACAUUUUCUUGCGGGAAAAUUUAAAUUACCAGUCAUAAAAGAAAUGGAAGAGGAUGCCAAAAGAUGGGAAAAAUGUAUGAGGAAAUACAGUCGUGAAAACUACAAAAGAGCUUGCGUUAGUGUAAUGCUGCAAAUAUACUGCAAUGAUCAGCUGUGUAGAGAUAUGGGCUGUAACCAUAUGAGGAAGAAAUGGUUUUUGUCAGAGAUUUUUUCUCCUUAUCAGCCUGCAGAUUAUGCAAAUAUAUAAGAAAAGUGUCGGCGCGAUGUUUCGGGCAUUUGGCUAAACGGGAUUGGAUAUGAUUAAGCAACAUAAACGUGCAAGAUGCUUGUUCAAUUCAAGGUACCGAAUUUGAAGCAUAAAUCUCCCUUCUUUAUGCGCAGAAAAAUGGAGGUCGAGCCGAGCUUAUAAAUGCCAUAUCAACUGUUCAAUGUAUUCAGUCGAUGAACGUACGAAAAUAGUGAGGCAUGUGUUGGGAAUCUA